AUAACACAACAGAAACACAAACAUAUACAAAAUUUAUACAAUCGUCUUCUCAUCCAGAUCGAUUACCAAAAAUCUUUUUGAAUCCUACCCUUAAUUUUUCUUUGCAGUUUGUGACAUCUAGUUGGAUCUACCUGCCUGAUUACCACAGACCACGACCAUCUUCCUUGAUUUACGGCUGGAUCUUCGGUGUCCUGUAACAUCCACCAAGUCAACAUGGCUGAACUUGCCUAUGCUAUCGCAGCAGAGAUCUUGGUGAAGCUAGGAUCCAUUGCUUAUAGAGAGAUCAGCUUCGUAUUGGACAUCAAAAGCGAGCUGACAGAGCUUGAGGGUACCAUGACAACCAUUCAAGCCGUGCUCUUGGAUGCUGAAGAGAAGCAAGCUACCAGUCGCCCGCUGAGCAUCUGGCUGAGGCAGCUCAAAGAUGUUUUUUCUGACGCCGACAAUGUGUUGGAUGAAGUUGAGUACGAAGUUCUUAAGAAGCAAGUGAUGAGAACAUAUGGGCGCACCAGUAGAGAGGUAUGUGGUUUGUUUUCAAGUUGUAGAGCCUUUGCAUUCCGUUCUCAACUGGGUCACAAAAUCAAGAACAUUAGAGAGAAGUUAGCUAAGAUUGCAGCUAAGAAGGAUCAAUUUAAUCUUAUACCUCGACUUGAAGAUGGGCAUGUCAUGCAUCGGAGGAGGGAUAUGACCCACUCAUUUGUUCCUCCUUCACAAGUCAUUGGUAGGAAGAAUGACAAAGAAAAAUUAAUAAGUCUUUUGAGGCAACCUGAUGCUAACAUGCAUGACAAUGUAAUUUCUAUAGUUGGAUUAGGAGGGUUGGGGAAGACUACAAUUGCUAAGUUGGUAUACGAUGAUCAACGUGUAGCCAAUCAUUUCGAAUUGAGAAUGUGGGUUUGUGUGUCUGAGGAUUUUGAUGUUCCUAGAUUAAUAAGAGAAAUCCUUAAAUCUGCAACCGGUGCAAAUAUUGAUGAGACGUUGGGUGUAGAUUUGUGGCAAACUAGAUUAAGAGACUGUUUAAAGAACAAGAAGUUUCUACUUGUUUUAGAUGAUGUUUGGAAUGAAGAUCGUAAUAAAUGGAUUGAAAUGAGAGAUUUGUUACUUGGCGGUUCCAAAGGAAGUAAGAUUUUAGUGACAACACGUAGUAAUAAGGUUGCCUCAAUCAUGGACACUGUUUUCACAUACAAUUUAAAAGGUUUAUCUGAAAAGAAUUGUUUGUCUUUGUUUAUGAAAUAUGCAUUUAAGGGAGGGAAAGACAAAGGAUAUCCAAACCUCUUAGAAAUUGGAAAAGAAAUUGUGAAAAAAUGUGAAGGAGUUCCAUUGGCAAUAAGGACUUUAGGCAGCCUACUUUUCUCAAAGGUUGAUGAACGAGAGUGGAAAUUUGUAAGAGAUAAUGGGAUUUGGAAAUUAGAACAAAAGGAGGGUGAUAUUUUACCUGCUUUAAAAAUAAGUUAUGAUCAAAUGCCAUCUCACUUGAAGCAAUGCUUUGCCUUCUGUUCUCUUUUCCCAAAGGAUCAUUGGUUCGAUAGUGGUGAGUUGAUUGCAUUUUGGAUGGCGCAUGGACUCCUUAGUAAAACGCCUAAUAGUCAAAAUCUAGAGUUGGAAGAUGUUGGCGACAUGUAUAUCAAGGAUUUGUUGUCCAAAUCUUUCUUCCAAGAUGUUACGAAUGACACGUGGUACUAUAGGUUUAAAAUGCACGAUCUCGUCCAUGAUCUUGCACUCAAGGUUGCAGAAGAAGAGUGUUCAGCAGUCGACUUUCACACCCGAAACAUUGCUAGAACAGUUCGUCAUUUGUCAUUUUCACACAAUGUUCAACAAGUUCCAAAAUACUUUUACACCUUAAGUAGUGGUGUGCGGACCACUUUGUUCCCGGUCAAGCAACAAGUGCCAACCUUAGUUGAAGCUUGCAUCUCAAGAUUCAUGUACUUGCGGGUGCUUGACUCAACUAAUUCAUCUUUUGAGGUGUUGUCAAGCUCUAUUGGUACUUUGAAGCAUUUAAGAUAUUUGAGCCUAGCUAAGAAUGACAGAAUCAAGAAACUUCCCGAUUCCAUUUGUGAGCUAUACAAUUUGCAAACUUUACUACUUCAUGGAUGUUCGAGUCUUGAGCGAUUGCCCAAAGAUACAAGGAAGAUGAUUAGCCUUAGGUAUCUGACGAUAACAACAACUUGCACGCGCUUGUUUGAAAAUGGUGUAUGCUGCUUGAAUUCUCUUCGAUUUUUACAUGUAUAUCUUUGUCGGAGUCUUGAAGUUUUGUUUCAAGGGAUGGAUGGGAGCUUUACCAACCUUCAGACAUUGGUUGUUUCAGGUUGUCCAAAGUUGACCUCUUUUACACAUGAGAUCAAGUACCUAACCGCCUUAGAGACCCUGGUAAUUGAGUAUUGUAAAGAACUUAGUUUGACGGGAGGAGAAUACAAUCGGGAUCUCAACUUGAGCCUUCAAAAAUUAAAGAUUACACGUGUACCAAAGUUGAAGGUUUUGCCGCAAUGGCUCCAAGGAUCUACUAACACUUUGCAAUACCUGCGUAUUUCAAUGUGUCAAAACCUCACGAUCUUGCCGGAGUGGCUGCCAAGUAUGAAGUCGCUUCACACACUUGAGAUUUUCUGUUGUACCAAGUUGUCAUCUCUUCCGGAGGGGAUGGAUCGUUUCACUGCACUACAAGAAUUGAGGAUUACCGAGUGUAAAAAAUUGAUUAGGAAAUGCAAAGAGGAAGAUCGGUCCAAAAUUGCUCAUAUACCAAAAGUUAGACUGCUUCCAUUAAGGUGGCUCAGAACCAGAAGUUUUGAUGAGGAGGAGGGGGCAAUACUAUGAAAAAUCUUUAAAAAUUUUGGGGGGCAAUUCUUAUGUCCGCCCCUGGCAGCUUCCAUGGCAUGACUUCAGCAAACUCAGCUAAAACAUAUUUGCUCCUUGAUUAUGUUGUAAACAUUUUGAUCAUUACGAUUUGUAUUAAGAGAUGUAAACAAAUAAAUAUUUUGUUAUACACUGAUCUCUCUUCUCCUCAA